GUCAUAGCUGGGUCCUGGAGCAGAACUGAGGAGCCCUGGGAAGUCACAAAGUUUGUGUUUGGAGCGAUAGUGGAAAGUGGGCUUAUUGCGAAGGGAUUUCCUUGGGAUGAGAGCUGAUCUCCUGCCUUCAUUUUGGAUGCGCGCCCUGCUUUAACCCCCCUCACCCCCCCAGCCUUCAGCCAGAUCCCUGGACAGCCUGUCUCUCCCGGCAGUUCUCAGACUUCCGAGGACACCGGACGGGAGCCCUUGGCAGUUCUCCCUCAGGCAGAGCAGAGAACGUUUUUCCUUUCUAAGUGCAUAAGCUUCACGCACACGCGCACACACGCACACACGCGCACACACCCCGCGGAGCCGGACCUUAGCCUCCGAGGCGGCUCUGCCCGCUCCCCUCCUGCCCUCAGCAUCCUCGGCCCAGCGUCCCUCGGACCAGCAUGGAGGUGCUGGAGAGCGGGGAGCAGAGCGUCCUGCAGUGGGACCGCAAGCUGAGCGAGCUGUCAGAGCCCGGGGAAACCGAGGCUCUUAUGUACCACACGCACUUCUCAGAACUCCUGGAUGAGUUUUCCCAGAACGUGUUGGGUCAGCUCCUGAAUGACCCUUUCCUCUCAGAGAAGAGCGUGUCGAUGGAGGUGGAGCCAUCCCCAACAUCCCCGGCGCCUCUCAUCCAGGCCGAGCACAGCUACUCCCUGUGUGAGGAGCCUCGGGCCCAGUCACCAUUCACCCACGUUACCACCGGUGACAGCGUCCAUGACGAUGAAGUGGAAAGUGAGAAAUGGUACCUGUCUACAGACUUUCCAUCAACAACCAUCAAGACAGAGCCAAUUACAGAGGAGCCACCCCCAGGACUUGUUCCCUCUGUCACUCUGACCAUCACUGCCAUCUCCACCCCUUUUGAGAAGGAGGAACCCCCCCUGGAAAUGAAUACUGGGGUUGAUUCCUUGUGCCAGACCGUUAUUCCUAAAAUUAAGCUGGAGCCUCAUGAAGUGGAUCAGUUCCUCAACUUCUCUCCUAAAGAAGCCUCCGUGGAACACUUGCACUUACCUCCCACCCCUCCCAGCAGCCACAGCAGUGACUCAGAGGGCAGCCUGAGCCCCAACCCGCGCCUGCACCCCUUCGGCCUGCCUCAGACCCACAGCCCCGCCAGAGCCGUGGCCCGGGCCCCCUCGGCCCUGUCCAGCUCUCCUCUCCUCACAGCGCCUCACAAACUUCAAGGAUCAGGCCCACUGGUCCUGACAGAAGAGGAGAAGAGGACCCUGAUCGCCGAGGGCUAUCCCAUCCCCACCAAAUUGCCUCUAACAAAAUCAGAGGAGAAGGCUCUGAAGAAAAUUCGGAGGAAAAUCAAGAACAAGAUUUCUGCCCAGGAAAGUAGGAGAAAGAAGAAAGAAUACAUGGACAGCUUGGAGAAAAAGGUGGAGUCUUGUUCAACUGAGAACUUGGAGCUUCGGAAGAAGGUAGAGGUUCUGGAGAACACUAACAGAACUCUCCUGCAGCAACUGCAGAAGCUUCAGACUUUGGUGAUGGGCAAGGUUUCACGCACCUGCAAGUUGGCGGGCACGCAGACUGGCACGUGCCUCAUGGUGGUUGUGCUAUGCUUUGCUGUUGCAUUUGGCAGCUUUCAGGGCUACGGGCCCUAUCCUUCUGCCACCAAGAUGGCUCUGCCCAGCCAGCAUUCUGUGCAGGAGCCGUAUACAGCCUCUGUCGUGAGAUCCAGGAAUCUGCUGAUCUACGAGGAACAUUCUCCCCUGGAGGAGCCAUCCAGCCCAGCCUCGGCUGGGGAGCUUGGGCACUGGGACAGAGGGUCCUCUCUGCUCAGGGCAUCAGGGUUGGAGACCAGGCCUGAUGUGGAUCUUCCCCAUUUCAUUAUCUCCAAUGAGACCAGCCUGGAGAAAUCAGUGCUGUUGGAGCUACAGCAGCACUUGGUCAGCGCCAAACUGGAGGGGAACGAGACACUAAAAGUUGUAGAACUCGACAGAAGAGUGAACGCCACCUUCUGAAGAGGCUGUCUCCACCUCCCUCUUUCUCUUCACUCUGCUUUCCCGUCCCCAAACCACCUCUGUCAUAAGCUUUUCCUUUUUGCCUUUGAUCUGGAUGAAGACAUGGGCGAGCGGUCGUGGCUUUGGUUGGGAGGACAGCCUGGGAUUUCGACCUGCGGUGAGAGAGCACCUUCCCCUCCAUUCCAUUCCCCCCUGAAGAGGGGAGCCCGGCAUCCCUCCCUCCCUCCUGUGUACUGCCAUAGGAAAAUAUUUUAGGAUCGUGGCUGGGACAAGCAGGCUCGUUUCUACCAAUAGUGCCAAAAAGAUACUGCCUGAUUUUCAUUGUGGGGUGUGACCAUCUCUUUGAAGAAGAGGUGACUCUUGUUCCUGUGAGACUGCAGACUCCAGCCACAAAAAUACCAGAAUGCCUGUUGGGAUCUGGCAAAGCACUGACUGACGUCCUGCCUUCCUCCGCCUGGGGCUCCGGUGUGCCUGCCCGCGACAGCCCCGGAGGUGCCAGUGCCUUCAGUGAGCACCCCUGACACCCUGCGCCAUCAGAGCCCUCGCAGAUCGUCCUCCCCGCACUGGAGCGAGGGCUCCCCCUUCCCCAUUCUCAGGCCGCAAGUGCAAUGCCUGAAAGAAUCAGGCUUUUCUACUCCAGGCGAACCUGCCCCAUCUUGUUGCUUGUAGGGCAUUUCCACAACCUGCGUCCCCACAUACCCAUAGGUCUGCCUCCCUGGCUUCUCCUCCCCAUUUGUAAAUAGUAUUUAUUAGCUCGCUGAGGCUUCCCCACUAGCAACCACACUGAAAAGAUCCGACGCCUCCCUCCAAAGUGGCCUUUGGAGCGAGGAGGGCACCCUAAGCUCUGGGAUCCCCAAUCCUCCAGAUGGUGUUUUUGUUUUUGUUUUUUUAUUUUUCCAUUUUCUUCUUUUUCUUCCUCUUCCUCCUCCUUCUUCACCUGGAGGCCUGUCAUUAUAAUUGGGAAGUCCCCUUAAGCUUGUGUCCUCCUACAGAACGAAGUCAGAGGGAAAUGCCUUAAUCAGGUCUGCGGCUCUGUGAUCAGAGGCUUUUUCUGUCCUGUUCCCAUAAGAGAAGGGAGUCCUUGUCCCUGACAACAGGCAUUUCGGACAGCCUUGCUGGCUUGCCUCUUCACACCUGCUCCUAGCCCCCUCCUCUCCACCCCCACACCCCACUUCUGCUUUACCCUCCUCUUCUGCCUCAACACAGGGGCCUGAGGCCUGGGGUUGGAGUAGGUAACAUUUGUGUAUCCAUAGUCUUAGCUUUUAUAGUCAGGUUUGGCUACUUUGCAGCUUACCCAAAGAGAUACAACCUAACCCCCCAACCUACUUUUUUUUGUUUGUUUGUUUAAUGAUUAAAAGUAACUUUUGUAGUUUAAAAAAUCCUUUCUUCUUUCAUACAAAUAAGAAAUGGAAAUUGCCUUUUCAUUGUAUAAUGUAGAAGAUUCACUUUAAGUGUUUUUCCCUAGCUUGUGAAAGAUUUUGUGUAAGAAAUUUGCUUACAUUUUGUAUUUUAUUUUUAGUAGUAGCUGAAGGACCUUUCGCUUUAACUCUCUCUCUCUCUUUGGUCUACACUGUCAUUGAAACUGUACUUACAAGGGAUUAAGCCCAUACCUGGGCCUUCCAUUCCAUAGUAGAUGCAGGAUUUGGUGUCAUUAGCAUUUUUCCAUCAUACCUCAUAAGCAGAUCCCUGCUUUGUCGGCCUAGGUACAUCUGGGGCUCCCCGUGAGUGAUUCCUUUCUCCCUGUCUCUGCUGUGAUGGAGAGAGUUGCAGACCAGGAGAUGCCAAGCGUGUCUUCUCAGCCAUGUGUAAAGCUGGAUCAGGGAUGCCGCAUUCUCAGGGCCCCUUACAUUGGCCAGGGGAGAGCAGGGGCUGUGUGAGCUGUGUAGGAAGAGGGCUUACUAACGUGCCCCCUGCCCCUGCUUCUCUCCCCUCCAUUCCCUCCAUCUCUUCAGCUCUAGAUUUUCCUGGGCCUGGCUGGUGUCGGGUAGCCAUGGGCCACUGCUGACCCAUCCUUCUCUUUAAAAUGCCAUGUAAGUAUCAGGCACAGGCACUGUGGGGGCCUAUGAAGGUAAAAAGAAUGAACUCAAGUAGUGUUUGGUCAAUGAAAAAGGAAAGUUUUAUAUUUAAGGGCAGAAGUGUGAGCAUGGGUCAGCCUACCCACCUGUUGCAGUGGAACCAGAUCAGGUUUUGAAGGCUCCUGGAUUAGCCAGGGGUGGGAAACCUGCUCUUCUGAAUGAGGUGGGAGAAGGGACGGGCCAGCAAACGUCCAGCGCCUGUCCUUAGUACCUUGAGGAUUUUAUUUUCUCCCCUACCUGCCUUUGCUUGUCAUCCACCUCUCUGGACCUCUAAACAGCAGGCUCUUUUCUCUGGGAAGCUCUUCUUCCAGAACUGAAGCUCUAUCUGGAGACAGGAGACAUCAGCCUGGGAGCUCAAAUGGCCAUGUUAAGGGGGUUCCAAGAAUCAGCCUUGCUGCUAUUUUGAGAAAAACCUCUGCCCUCCACUCCCUCUUUGGGCAAGUCAAGGGAACUAAACACAUAUCCCUUUAGGAGGAUGCUGGGGGGGGGGGGGAAGAAGACACAGAAAAGUCAGAUAAUGCCAAGUAAUUAAGGGAUGUGUGCUCGGUUACUGGGUUUGCUUCCCGCCGUAGAGCAGUCCCAUAGACCAGCCAGUAAUGCUGGUCAACCCUGAAGAUUUCAAAUAGAGGCAGAUGUUGGCCUCCAAACUUCAGUUUUGAAUACUAUGAGACUGUUAGCAUCAUCAUUUAGUAAACCAUAAAUAAUAAAUAGGCUACUCAUAAAGACAUUAAUUCUGUUUUUCAUCAGGUAAACAGCGUUUCCUCUUCCCUGUCUUUGAUUACCCUGGUGAAGGAGAUGUCUUGCAAACAUUCCAAGAACAAGCACUUUUUCACUGGCUGAGCCCCGAGGAACCCAGACCGCCCCCCCCCCCCCCCCCCCCCGGCCGCCCAGCUUGGCCCUUCCACAGCUCUUAACUCUGUCCUUAGAAAUGGAUGCUGAAGAUGAAAGGCCUCAGUGCCAGUUUAAGAAAGAAUUUCUGUGAAGUGUUAGGACUCUGGAGCCUCGGUCACAUAAAGAGAGUGUUAUGUAAAAAUCUGACAGCUGAACUAGGUUGCUCCUUUUGUGUGUGUGUGGGGGGGGUGAGGUUUGACACCAGCAUAGGCAAAAUUAGAUAACCUUUCUGCUAAUAAAAAUGAUUUUGAUUUGGAGAACUAAUUUGUAGGUUGUGAGAGCAGCUUUUAGCUCAACUUAUUUACAAACCAACUAUAAUUACCAUGUUUUUUUUUCUUCCUAAAUCUCUCAGUUUAGCCUGGAUGCCAAAAGAGGGCAGUGAAUCUCAUGUGCCCAUAGAGCGGGAGUGUUGAAGUGAUUCAUCUUUAUUCUAGCCUUGAGGCAGUGUCCAGAAUUUUGGUCACAUGUGUUUCAUUAAAAUUUUUCAACACUUAUGGCUCCUUUCCUCCAUGGCCUCAGACCAAGCAAAACCACAAAGAGCAUCAGAGGCAUCUUGGGGCCCGCUCUUGAGCACACAUGUCCUACGGGGCGUGUACUUGAGUAUGACGCACAAAUGGAGACCUCCCUGCUCUUUGCAGAGGAAAUGGACCAUCCGUGCUAGUCUUGCUCACGUCGGGGAGAUUGGAGACCGAGAAGGGCUUUUGGCCUCCCCCUUGUCUGCAUGAGUCACUGCUUUGGUUCUGUCAAAUCCAGCCUUUGCAAAACCUUUAUCAAAGACACCAGCUCUCCUGCUUGCAGUGCUGACGGGACCUGUGAAACCAUUAGCAGGUAGUGCUCUAGUGAGAGCCAUUUCAUUUGAAUGCUUUUCCGCUGAGACAAUGAUCAGAUUUGCACAUCGGGAGAAAAGAAAUGAGGUUUUGUCCAUUAGGAAAAUCCCGUGUUGUAGAGCUGCAGUCACAUCAAAAACUGGCCAGCCUGGAUUAAAGUUAUUAUAAAUCCUCAUGGCAGAACAUGUUCUCAGGGCCAAGGAAUCUGGCCCAUUCGGGGAUUGAUGCUCCUUCUCUCUGUGGCCAAAGAGCCUGCACUUAGCACAGGACAAAUCUAGGUGUUGUUUCAUUUUGUCCUUUUGGGCCAUCAUAAUUCAGGAACGCUUUAUUUUUGUCUUGGUUUUGAGAAGGAAGGGAGAUAAUAUUUCUUGAGCACUUAUUAAGUGCUGGGUACUGUGCUUAAUACAUUUUGGCUUUUAAUUUUAUCGAGAAAACAGGGCAACUAGCUACUAGGAGAUAGAUAAACCACUAAGUGGUAUGGGAAGUGCAGUUUGUGGAUUUGUUUAGGCAGAACUUUCCGGGAACUUGUAAGGUUGUCCAGGCUGGAGACACAGUGUCCAUGCCGUCUGCUGGGCCCACUGUGCAACGUUAGUUCUUUGCUUCCUGCUGGAGGUAUCCACCUGUCGCUCAUGUCCUAUCUUGUUCAUCUAGUCUUCUGUGAAUUCCAGCUAGCAGGCUUUGCAUCCUGGAAAAGAAAAAACAGGGGUUUUAGCUCCAUUCCUUCUUUCCUGUCUUGGCUCACCAGCUAAGUGAGAACGUGAACUUUUUGCACCACGGACCCAUGGCCUGCACUGCUUAAAGCCUCUCCCUCGCAGAUAAAAUGUUCUAUGAGUCUAUGGAAAACACCAGCACACCUUGACGAAUCGUGAGGGACCCUAUUCAAACAAUGCUGAGCAGACCCUAGACUAUAAUCAACCGUGAGCUUUAAUGUCUGUGCUGACAGGCUGGACCUCUCCUCUCUUUUGUAAUAGUUCUAUAGACUAGCAGUGUUUAAGCUAAAUGGAUUGUGAGUCUAUUACCUGUCAUAUUGUGCUGGGUUGUUUUUUUUUAUGGCCUUUUAUUCUUUAUCAUAGCUAAGUUAAAUGCCAAAAAUUAAAAAAAAAAAAAAGCUUUGUAGGAUACUUGUACUUAGUUUGGAAAAAAAAAAUGAACUGAAAUUGUUAUGCUUUUGUAUUUCCAUUUCUUGCGAAUAAAAAUAUUUUUUCUUAAUUAGUAAAA